AUGAGUGCAAAUGAUCCAUUAUGGAAAGUUAAUGAUUUUAAACCAGAGGAUAACCCUAAUGGAUUAUUAGAAGAGAGUAGUUUUUCUAUUUUAUUUCCAAAAUAUCGAGAGGCAUAUUUAAAAGGGAUGUGGUAUGUCAUAAAUAAAGCACUAGAUGAGGUUUGUUUAAAAGGAGAACUUGAUUUGGUUAAAGGUAUUAUGACAGUUAAAACAACUCGUAAAACAUGGGACCCAUUCAUCAUUAUUAAAGCACGUGAUAUGUUAAAGUUAUUGUCAAGAGGAGUUCCAGCACAAGAAGCAGUAAAAGUUCUUCAAGAUCAAUACUGGUGUGACAUCAUUAAAAUUGGUAAUAUGAUUAAAAACAAAGAACGAUUUGUUAAAAGAAGACAACGUUUAGUUGGUCCUAAUGGAGCUACUCAAAAAGCUAUUGAAAUAUUAACUGGAUGUUUUAUUUUAAUUCAAGGUAAAACAGUAAGUGUAAUUGGUUCACCUUCUGGUAUUAAAAUGGUUAGAAAAAUAGUAGAAGAUUGUAUGGACAAUAUUCAUCCGAUUUAUAAUAUCAAAGCAUUGAUGAUUAAAAAAGAAUUAAUGAAAAACGAAAAUAUGAAAAACGAAGAUUGGUCUCGUUAUAUUCCUCAAUAUUCAAAGAAACAAAACACUAAACCUGAAAAAUUAAAAGAAAUUAAGAAAAAGAAAAAAGAAUUAAAAAAGAAAAUUAUCGAAAAGAAGAAAAAUUAUUCUCCUUUUCCUCCUGAACGAGAUGAUUGA